AUGAAGCUCACUUCGUCCAUUCUCUUCUCGCUUGCGAGCGUCACCCCGCUGGUUUCGGGGCACUAUGUUUUCUCCAAGCUCAUCGUCGAUGGGAAAACCACCCAGGACUUUGAGUACAUUCGCAAGAACAGCAACGGCUACAUGCCCACCCUCGCCUCCGACAUCCUGAGCAAUGACUUCCGCUGCAACCAAGGCUCGAUGGAGUCCGCCGCCAGCACCAAGGUGUAUACGGUGGCCCCCGGCGCAGAGAUCGGCUUCCAGCUCGCCUACGGCGCCUCGAUGAAGCACCCGGGACCGCUGCAGAUCUACAUGUCCAAGGCCCCCGGCGAUGUCAAAUCGUACGACGGCUCCGGCGAUUGGUUCAAGGUGUAUCAGGAGGGCCUCUGCGCCGACACCUCCAAGGGGAUCGUGGACGAGGACUGGUGCACCUGGGGCAAGGAUACCGCGUCCUUCAAGAUCCCCGAGGACACGCCGGCCGGGCAGUAUCUGGUCCGGGUGGAGCAUAUCGGCCUGCACCGAGGGUUCAGCGGCAAUGCCGAGUUCUACUUCACCUGCGCCCAGAUCGAGGUGACGGGUUCCGGCUCCGGAUCGCCCAGCCCCGUCGUCAAGAUUCCCGGCGUGUACCAGCCCGACGAUGCCAACAUCCACUUCAACAUCUACUAUCCCACUCCGACGGCCUACGACCUCCCGGGCCCGUCCGUCUGGACUGGCGGUUCAGCGGGAAGCACCGGCGCCUCUUCCGCUGGCUCCUCUUCGGCCGCCACUGUCACCACGCCGGCUGUCAAUAACAAUGCUGUUUCGGCGUCUGCCCCUGUCUCGGCCACUCCCACGACCAUGACCACUCUCACCAGAUCUUCCGCCACACCCACUGCUAAUGCUGGUUGCGGUAGCUCGGGUGCCUCGUCCGCCGGAGCCCUCAAGAAAUACGCCCAGUGCGGUGGUCUGAACUGGACUGGUUCUGGCUCUUGUGAGACUGGCACUACCUGCCACCAGUACAACCCUUACUAUCACCAGUGUGUUUAG